GCGCAGGGUGAAAGUGAUCGGGCUCUUUAAUUUAUGUCACACCGUUUGCCGGACGGGCCCAGUUCUGUGACUGAACGGGGGGCGAAGCGUCGGCGACAAACGGCCGCCCAGGGUGAAAAAAUCCGCGCACCCUCUAUUUUGUCGCAUGUUUGGUGACGUCCAAUAAUCGACUGGCUGUGAAGUCUCCGGGGCCGAGGCCUAGAGACUUUUUUGUUGUAACGGACGCUGUUAAAACUAGUUGUGGAUGCCUCAGUAGAUUUCGGUGCCCGCUCUGACCGGGUGUGAGCCGAUGAAGCACUUUAUUCCGUGAUUGAAGCAGAAACGGUCGGAGACGUUAGCCAGCUAAUUGAAGCUACUGCUAACUGCCAGCGAGGAAGUGAGGAACGAAAAAAAUGACAUCUCGGAGGUGGUUUCACCCCAACAUCACAGGUGUGGAGGCCGAAAACCUCCUGCUGACUCGGGGAGUUGAUGGAAGCUUUUUAGCAAGGCCCAGUAAGAGUAAUCCAGGAGACUUCACCCUCUCAGUACGGCGAAAUGGUGCCGUCACCCAUAUUAAGAUCCAGAACACAGGAGACUUCUAUGACCUUUAUGGUGGGGAGAAGUUUGCAACUCUUGCAGAGCUGGUGCAGUAUUACAUGGAGCAUCAUGGGCAACUGAAAGAGAAAAAUGGAGACGUCAUUGAGCUCAAGUAUCCACUCAACUGUGCAGACCCCACCUCAGAGAGGUGGUUCCAUGGACAUCUGUCAGGCCGAGAGGCUGAAAAGCUGCUGACGGAGAAAGGCAAGAACGGCAGCUUCCUGGUGAGAGAGAGCCAGAGCCACCCGGGGGAUUUUGUCCUGUCAGUCCGCACUGGAGAUGACAAGACGGACAGCAGUGACAGCAAACCCAAAGUCACUCAUGUCAUGAUCCGCUGCCAGCAUGACCUGAAGUACGACGUGGGCGGAGGGGAAAAAUUUGACUCUCUCACAGAUUUGGUAGAGCACUACAAAAAGAACCCCAUGGUAGAAACUCUGGGCACUGUGCUUCAGCUUAAACAGCCCCUGAACACUACUCGUAUUAAUGCAGCGGAGAUUGAAAGUCGAGUUAGGGAGCUUAGCAAACUUGCAGAGGCGACUGACAAGGUCAAACAGGGCUUCUGGGAAGAAUUUGAGACCUUGCAACAGCAAGAGUGCAAGCUGCUCUACAGUCGCAAAGAGGGUCAGAGACCAGAGAACAAAAACAAGAACAGAUACAAGAACAUUCUGCCUUUCGACCACACACGUGUGGUGCUGAAUGAUGGGGACCCAAAUGAGCCAGGCUCUGACUACAUCAACGCCAAUAUCAUCAUGGUAGUAUCUGCUGUCAUGCCGGAGCUGGACUCAAAGUGUAACAGUACCAAGCUGAAGAAGAGCUACAUUGCCACUCAGGGCUGUCUGCAGAACACAAUCAGUGAUUUCUGGAGGAUGGUUUUUCAGGAAAACUCUCGAGUCAUCGUCAUGACCACCAAGGAGGUGGAGAGAGGGAAGAGUAAGUGUGUGAAGUACUGGCCAGACAUGUCGGCUCUGAAGGAGUAUGGAGCCAUGCGUGUUCGCAAUGUCAGAGAGACGGCUGCACACGACUACAUCUUAAGAGAACUGAAACUGUCCAAAGUUGGCCAAGGGAACACAGAACGUACAGUUUGGCAGUACCACUUCAGGGCCUGGCCCGACCACGGAGUCCCCACCGACCCAGGUGGUGUACUCGACUUCUUAGAGGAGGUCAACCUGAAACAGGAGAGCAUACUGGAUGCUGGGCCUAUAGCAGUACACUGCAGUGCAGGGAUCGGGCGGACAGGAACGUUUAUAGUGAUUGACAUCCUGAUAGAUGUGAUCCGAGAAAAAGGAGUGGACUGUGACAUCGAUGUGCCAAAGACCAUCCAGAUGGUUCGGUCUCAGCGCUCAGGAAUGGUGCAGACCGAGGCGCAGUACAGAUUCAUCUAUAUGGCUGUACAGCACUACAUAGAAACAUUGCAGAGGCGCAUCGAGGAGGAGCAGAAAAGUAAGAUUAAAGGGCGCGAGUACACCAACAUUAAGUACUCUUUGUCCGACCUGACUGGAGGAGAGCAGAGCCCUUUGCCUCCUUGCACUCCGAUUCCAACUCCAACCUGCACAGAGAUGAGGGAUGACAGCUCCAGAGUAUAUGAGAAUGUGGGCCUGAUGCAGCAGCAGAAGAGCUUCAGAUGAGACUCACCUUUGAUACCAGCGCUCUGUCAGUUCCAGGAUCUUGAUACCUGACAGUUUUUCGCCAGCCACACCUUGACGCCUGAGACUUGACCGUAAUGACAUGGAACAAUGGGGAAAAAACACACACAAAAAACACGUGAGGGAGACCAGACACCAGGGUCAUCCUGCUGUUCCCGCUUAUUUCUACACAAACAUUUUUCCCUUUAGUCGAAUUCUAAACCACUGUGAUCGUCAGAAGAGCCUUUGAAAAGCCUAACACGCUAAAUCCCCUACUAAACCACAGUUCGGGUUUAGUCUUUGUACAUCUCAACCCGACAAGGGCUGCCGACAGCAAGCACUCUCCUCAGAGGGAGAACGACCUAGCUAACCUUUGCUCAUCCCUCAUUUUUCUGUGUAUUUCUUUUUUUUUUUUUUAUUAACCAAAGGAAAGUGAUGUAGAUUGUUUCUAGAAAAAGGCGUGUGCCAAACCCACAAGUUUAUCCACAUUUUGCAGCCAAUUAAAAAGUAAUUUGGCCUUUAAAGCAGCAUUAGACCGUAUUUCUGGACAAAAGUAGGGCAAUCUUCUAGCAAUUUUUGUCUGUUAUAAAAAGUAACAGCAUAUUUACUAUUAAUUUCCAAUCCACUGACUUCUAAACAUAUUUUUUUUUUGUGGAAGAACCACCUCAAAGAGAAACUUAAAUUCUUAACUUUUUGUCUUCUAGUUAACAUGGGUUUAUAUGCUUUCAUUAGGAUUCACAAUGUCUGUUAGCUAAUCAUUCCUGAGCUCAAGCCGAAUGUCCUUAAUGCUGCACUUUUAUUUAGCAGCAUAACAGUCAAGCCUUGAUUCACCUGGUGGGUUUAUAAAUAAUCUCGUCUGGGGGUUCAGAGAGGAGUAUCCAGGGGGCCUGCACUUCUAUGUUGAAGUCUGUUGACAUAUUAAGAUUUCAGGGGAGUCUGUUGUCUGUCUCAGUUGCAGGCAUUGCCACAGACAUACGGCUGCCAAAAAAACUUUGUUUUUUUAAGUUUUUUUAAAAGUGCAUAUUACUUUUUUUUCCCAUUCUUUCUUGUUAUUCUUAAAGACAAAUGCCUUUUGUGUACCAUUGCCUAUUUUGAGCACCACAUGUACUUAAGUUUAAGAGUCACUGUUUAAAGAAGCAAUCACACAUCUCUCAGCUUUGGCAGUGUAGAUUAGUCAUUGUUGUGGUUGUAGCGAGCUGGAUUUAGUAGUUUGUACACACACACAUUCACAUGUGCACACAUUUAUAGGGGAGAAUUUUCUCAUCUAUCUGUCUGUGUUAAUCAGAUUUAAAGGAGCAGUUUGACUUUUUGCUGGAAUUCGCUCAGUCACUUUCUUGCCAAGACUUGGAUGAGAAGAUGGAUAAAACCUGCAGCCACCAGCUGAUUAGUUUAGGCCAGCAUUCGUCUCUCAUUGCCAGAUCAUUCUCAACAGCAGUGUGUCAGCUUUGGAGAAUGAUCUGACUGCACGUCAAUAUGACUGGAUGGAAAAAAACUCUUAUUUGAAUCAGCCAUCUUGGGAGUCUUGAAAAAUUAUUACAGGGAAGUAGUUUUGCAUGCUGGGAGGCGACCACUGCCAUCAAAGUUGCUAAUUGACCGAAAGAUCCAAGCAGGGCUGCUUUAUUGCACAGUUCAGAUCUUCAGCAAAAAAAGUUUAAAGUUUGCGGCUUGUAGGUGCUGCUCGGAGAUGGCUGUAGUCGUUUCCUGUAGUGAAGGGCAUUUUGAAUCUGGUAACACAUAAAUGUGGAAGACAAUGCUUUGUGAAAUAUGUGGUGAAAAUGGCACAUUUAUACCUGAAAUCUCCAUCGGGUAAGUCAGGCUAGUUUAGCAUUAGGAUCAAAAAUAGGGGGAAACAGCUAGUCUGCCUCUGCCCAAAGGUAAAAUAGGAAAAGAAAUAACAGAUCCAUUUGUAUAGAUAUCAAUUGUAGACAUGUUUUACCUUUAGUGGAACAGAUACGUUUAGUGUUUAUCAAAUGUACUGUCUCUGUGACAUGCAUGUGAUUCAAAUCAGUACAUGAAAACAUUCCUUCUAUUACUUCUGAUGAACAAGUACUCACUAGGUUUUUUUUAGACACUUCUAACAGGCAGAUUUGGGCUCAAAAGGAGGCUGAGUGAGCCAAGUGCUUCAGUCUGCUGGCAUUAUACCUCUCGCAUCUCACUUUUGAUGAUUCCCAGUAAGGGUUUGCACCUACACAAGCUGCUGUGUCAUGAGGAAGCUUUUUACUGCAGGAACUCUGUCAAGCGCGAGGUGGCGCAAACCUUUACAUGAACAGUCUUUCAGCCUUUCUAUUGUCAUUAGAAUGCUGGUUCUCCGAGUGCGUCAGAGCAAUGACUAAUACUUUACCUGAAGUAACUCCAAUUCUAUGAACUUGUAGGAAAUGGAGUUUUUUAUGUUUGGAUAAAUGGAAAAUUUAAUGUUGUUGAUAGUGAUUAUACAGCUUUAAAGUGGUUUCUGCAGUGGAAAUGGUUUAUGUUGUACAUAUGUGGAGUGGGGUUUGGGCUAAUGCUAACAGGAUGUUAAGAUGCUCACAGUAAAAAGGCUGAAUUGUUGAUGUUUAUGUGUGCUUGCCGUUGCUGUCUACAUAGACAUGCUAACUUUGCUACUUAGCACUAUAUGCACCAUAAACAAGAGGCUUACAGAGAUGUCACUAGUUUUGCAGGUAUUUAGACCUGAUUUUUUUUUUUAAACCUAAUUAUGGCUCUAAAUGACAAUUUCAAGAAUCAUCAGAGUAAUUACAAUUUAUUCUCAGGGGAACAUAAAUGUGUUUAACAGAUUUUAUGGCAGUCUAUCUGAUAAUGGUUGAGAUGUUUCAGUCUGGACCAAAGUGUUAGACUGGCUGACCAGUGCUGCUAGCAUGGCCAAAAAUAAUAGUUUUAUGGCAAGCUGUGUGCUACAACUGUUUCUUGGUCAAACUAGCCUUAUGCUAAACUAGGCUAAUCACCAGCUGUAUAUUUAACAUACAGAUAUGAGAGUGGGGUUAAUCUUCUUGCUGCAAGAAAUGAAAGUGCAUUUUCCAAAUUGUCAAACUGUUCCUUCAUCUUCACAAUCAGCUGCAAUAUUUAUAUUUAGGGAAGUCACUCACUCACUCACUCACUCACUGACUCGCUUAUUCAUUUCAAACAUGUGGCCUAAGUAUUUGUUGAGCAUUGCCACCUUCUGCACAUUCACUUACCAUCACUACGCCUUGAGAAACUGCAGUCUUGCGAUUGAACUUGCUGACUCAGAAUCUCUUGUUUGAGACAAAGGAAAGAAGCGGCUCUCCUCUUUUGCCUUGCGGGACAGUUCUCAACAACUACUGAUCCGGGACUGAACAGCUUCUUUCUGUAACAUUAAAAAUCAUGAAAUCAGUGUUUUCGGGGGCUGCUUCCUCUCACUGGAGGACUCUGCUAACACCUGGCUGCUUCACAGCAAGUGUUCUUUGAAACUUCUUCUCCCAGGUGAAUGCCAUCCUCUGACUGAGAUCCUCUGUAGUGUGGUGUACUGUAUGCAGUUUUAUCGUCAAGCGGAUGACUUUGUACCUGUCAAACGUUUCGUGGAGUGCUUGCUUGUGGUGUUUUGUGUCUUGUGUUGUGUGCGUGCAGGGAUGAGUGUAUGUGCUGUCAGGGUGAGGCUGCUGACAGCCAUGUAUGUUCUGAGAUACUUUUUUGUUUCCUUCCCGGAUGAUAAAACUGCUUUCCAUUUAUCAUAUAAGCAAUUUAGAUGCAUAGACGUGCCUUCUAUGCAUAUGCCUAUGUGUAUGUGAUAGCUAUUAAAGAAAAAACAGUGCUCUUUAGUUUCACCGCCAUUCAAGAACCUGUAACACUUAAAUGUGAAAUCUUUCAUCCUGAACAUCCUGAACAAAAAAGGAAAAAUGGUGAUCGCAAUGCAAACAAACUAUAUUUUUUAACAUGUAUAUUGUACAUGAGUACCAGGUAGAGCAGAAUGUACUUACUAAAACAUAUCUACUUGCCAAUAAAAUAUACUGUAUGUAUAUUCCUACAGCUUUCUCUCUGUGACACAGGGAGGGACCUCUCACAAAGCUUAAGAGGUUUAUUGUAUGACUUUCAAUGCAGUUAACCAUGUUAACUUCCUCAAUAACAAUAAAUGGCUAGCUCAUGCCUCAUAAGGUCA